AUGAUAAUACUACGAUGGGUACGAGGAGGAGAAUAUAUCCUGAAUUACAGAUCAAUAUGGUCAAAUAGAUCCAGCUAUUGGCUCCCAAAUAAACACUCCUAUUCCAUACGGCUGCUUCAUUCUGCAACCCAGUGCUUGCAAAAAACCAUUCCGAAGAAUAAGAAACAAGACCAGAAUCAGACAAAAAGACCAUUGAAAAUAGAGCAUAAAUCAAGCUGGGAUCUUCCUCAGCUACUGUAUGUUAAACCCAAGCUAUCGGCGCCUGUCGAAGAGGAGCAACGUUCACCUAAAGAUAAAGUUCCGAAGAUGGACAGAUUUGAAUUGGUGAAUUCAAUUAAGCCAUUAACGAGACAUAAAUCUUUGAAAGAGUUAUUUAAAGAUCCAAAGGUUCCGGAGUGGAAAAAACAAAAAGAGGCUUUGAAAAAUAAGUUUGGUGAUCAAGGCUGGAAUCCAAUGAGAAAAAUAUCAAGAGAAGAAAUGAAGUCUGUGAAGUUCUUGAAAGCUCAGAACCCAAAUAUAAAUAAUACCCAAUUGGCAGACUAUUUUAAAGUAUCACCUGAAAGUAUUCGAAGAAUUUUGAAAUCAAAGUGGGAGCCUAAAUCUUUGGAAGAAGACGAAGCACUUUACGAAAGAUGGAAAAGGAGAGGCGAAAAGAUCAAAGAAAUGAUGAAUAAUAAUAGCCACAAUCAGAAAUCAAACUUCAACAAACAGGCAUACAAUUUCAACAAACAGACAUCAAAUUAUAGAAGUUCAAAACCCAGUAGCGACUUAAAAUUUGUAUCUGAGGAAGAGAAGCCUAAAGUCUUCCUGAAACAGAAAAAGUACCUAUCCAAAAGACAAAUCAAGAUUCAGAAAAGAACCAAAAAACCCAAAAGUUAUUUUGAAUAG